UAACCCCUGAGCUACCCAGGCACCCCUCUCCAUCUCAUCUUAACUCUCAGGGAAACUCUGGUGAGCUUUUUAUAUUCACUGAUCUUGUUAAGAGGCAGUCCUCACUUCUCAACCCCCCACAACCAUAAAAAUGCUAAGUGACUUAAGGAUUUUUUUUUAAAUCAAUUUUGUAGCCAUUCAGUCGGGUUGGUCCUAGUAAAUCAGAUUUUCUCUACUUCCAAUAUCCUCAGCUCAAUUUAGGCAGUGAAGAUCCGGCCCUAAAUUUUGGCGACCCAACCCCCAACCUUAACAUUUCACAGGCUGCAGAGCUGCGUAAAGCGGAGACUGCCAAUUUUGGAUUCUGGGAUUUCCAGGACAUCAGGGAAAACAACUGAGAGGUCUACCCAGGGGUGAAUUCCACAGAUAGUUUCUUCUCUCUGGGGUCAGUGCUUUAACAUCUGGGUAGUCAGAUCGUGCAGACACGGUCACUAAGCGCGGAAAACAGCUGGGCACGUUGCUCUGAGCCCAGACCGACCGUGACCAGUAGUUCUUUGAAACCGUUUCUGGAAAUACCAACUCCAAAAGGCGCGCAGCGUUUGAGUGCUGAUAAGGCAAGCUGAAUUUAGAAUUUGGGGGCCAAGUCUCACUUUUGCGAAUUCCUUUUACUUUUGGUUAAGUUUUUUAACAUUGGAUUUACCCGGGGUAGAGAAGGUAUACGGUGGCAACGUCACGCAGCUGGAAAAAUAAUUGCACUCACAUACUCCCCAGAUUCUGCACAAACAGGUUUGGAAGAGAAAACUUAGGAAGUCCAAGUUCAGCAUUAAAAUAAAUGACUCGCCACCAAAGAUUAACGAGCACUUCCCUCUCGGUUUACUCUUCGGACGCACCUCGCGCUUAGCGCGCCUGCGCCCGCCAAACUACAACCCCGCCUCCUCUUUGGGGACGUAAAACGUGAGCCGAGAGGCGGGACGCGGGCUGAGCAUGCGCCCUCAUUGCAUCAGCCGCUGGGUCUGUGCUGGCGGCUGGUACGUCGGAGAAGAUUGUGUUUGCUGCAGUGUACCUCGCGGGGGUCUGGCGCGGUGUGCCGGGAGACUAAGAAAAGAAGGGCUAGAGUAAGUGUUCCCCUGGGCCGCUUGAGUCGGAGCUAGAGUAUUUCCUUCCUGCCAGGCAAGUGCCCGUAGGAACCGGACCCCGCCCCCUUCCCGGCCUAGACUCUCUUUCCCCUCCCUGUCCCUUUCCCACUGGGGAUCUUUUCGUUUCCUCUUGUUCUGCCUGCGAACCCCCGCCGAGGUCAUGAAGCUCGUGAGAAAGGACAUUGAGAAAGACAAUGCGGGCCAGGUGACUCUAGUCCCCGAAGAACCUGAGGAUAUGUGGCACACCUACAAUCUAGUGCAGGUGGGCGACAGCUUGCGUGCCUCCACCAUCCGCAAGGUACAGACCGAGUCCUCCACGGGCAGCGUAGGAAGCAACCGGGUCCGCACUACUCUCACUCUCUGCGUGGAGGCCAUUGAUUUUGACUCUCAAGCCUGCCAGCUGCGGGUUAAGGGGACCAACAUCCAAGAGAAUGAGUAUGUCAAGAUGGGGGCUUACCACACCAUUGAGCUGGAGCCCAACCGCCAGUUCACUUUGGCCAAGAAACAGUGGGACAGUGUGGUUCUGGAGCGCAUCGAGCAGGCCUGUGACCCAGCCUGGAGUGCAGAUGUGGCGGCUGUGGUGAUGCAGGAAGGCCUCGCCCAUAUCUGCUUAGUCACUCCCAGCAUGACCCUCACUCGGGCCAAGGUGGAGGUGAACAUCCCUAGAAAACGGAAAGGCAACUGUUCCCAACAUGAUCGGGCUUUGGAGCGGUUCUAUGAACAGGUGGUCCAGGCUAUACAGCGCCACAUAAACUUUGAUGUUGUGAAGUGCGUCCUGGUGGCCAGCCCAGGAUUUGUGAGGGAGCAGUUCUGCGACUACAUGUUUCAACAAGCAGUGAAGACCGACAACAAAGUGCUCCUGGAAAACCGGUCCAAGUUCCUUCAGGUACAUGCCUCCUCUGGACACAAGUACUCCCUGAAAGAGGCCCUUUGUGACCCUUCUGUAGCUAGCCGCCUUUCAGACACUAAAGCUGCGGGGGAAGUAAAAGCCUUGGAUGACUUCUAUAAAAUGUUACAACAUGAACCUGACCGAGCGUUCUAUGGACUCAAGCAGGUGGAGAAGGCCAAUGAGGCUAUGGCAAUUGACACACUGCUUAUCAGCGAUGAGCUUUUCAGGCACCAGGAUGUCGCUACACGAAGCCGGUAUGUGAAGCUGGUGGACAGUGUGAAAGAGAAUGCAGGCACGGUUAGGAUAUUCUCUAGUCUUCAUGUAUCAGGGGAACAGCUCAGUCAGUUGACUGGAGUAGCUGCCAUUCUCCGCUUCCCUGUCCCUGAACUCUCUGACCAAGAGGAUGAUUCCAGUUCUGAAGAAGAUUAAUGAUUGGACCUUAUAACUGAUAAAAGCUGUGUCUCCAUUGUUACAUUUUCUUAGCAUCCUGACAGAAAGCUGCAAGGCACCUUGUGAUUCUUACAGGGAUUUCUCAUGUAUUUGGCCACACUAGGUAUUUUGUGAUUGGCAGGACAUGUGUUCAAACUAAGCAAUAAAUUAAAAGGAAAUAAUCGCCAUGUACUACCAUUUUUAUUAAUUAGAAUAAUUUAUGUAGAAGUUAUGAGUUAUUUGCAAUACUUAAAAAUACUUUGUAUAUAUAAGAAUGCCUAUAUAUUCUUUGGGAUAGAUCAUAAAAUCCCAGUGUCAUACUUUGGAAUAAGUUUUCCUUAGGAAAAGCUAUUUAAUAUUUCAUUAUCCUCAGUUUACAUUGUUUAUUUUAAUUAUGCAUAGUGUUCUUGUACGGGAUUUAAUGAUCCCUUUCCUCCAUUUCCUCUACACUUUUUUUUUUAAUUUGCUAUUUUAAGUGAUGGCCAAAUAAUUUGUAGACUUUUCUAGAAGACAAAUUUAAAAUGGUAUUUUUCUUAAGAGACUUGUUAAAUCAGUCAUGUUACAAGUAAACUCUUGGUGGGUUUUUGUUUGUUUCGCCUUGUUUUACAGUUAAUCAUACUUGCUUUGGAGGACCACUUCAUCAGUUAUUUUUAGAUCAUAGAGUUUUGAUCUGCUAGGGAUUCUCAAGAUAAGUUAUUUGAGGUAUCUUUAUUUUUUUUAAAUGCAAUUAAGGUGUGUGAUUUGCUUGUUACGUGGCUAAUUAGUGCUAAAGCUGAAAAGUAGUCCCUGCUCUGGGCUCCAUUUCUUUGCACUGCCACACUAAUUAUGUAUUUAUUUGGCUUAUCCUAGAUAUAUGUAGUGCUAUCUUAUAUUUCUAUGUGGCAUUAGUCUGUGCUUGCACAUUCUUAUUGGACUCUCUCUCUCUACAUCCUAUUUUAGGGGGUGAAAGGCCUGUUCAGAAAGUUUGAUUAAGUCACAUCAUUAGUAGUAUGUGGUAGUUGACUUGUACUCCAGUAGUCUACUGUAAUGAGGGAGUUUCUGCUAAUACCUGAGAUUUUAAAAUAUUUUCAUUAAGUAUUUUGGAUGUGCAUUUUAAGAGUUCGGGAGGGAUCCUUGGAAUGGACUUGCAUCCUGACCUUUUACAAACCUCAAUUUAGCAAAAUAAUUAGGAAAGGCAUUAUGAAGAAAGAGUGGUAAUUAAGUUUGUAACACAUUGGUACUUACUUCAAAUACAGAUACUAAGUAAACUUUUGCUGUCCUU